GAUUCAACUAAAGAAAUCAUUUCCUGAUGAUGGUAGGGUCAAAGUCACUAUAAUUCAUUAUACAUAUACACAAAAGCAAAGCGAGUGUUAAAAAAAAAUACAGAAAGCAAAGCUCUCACACAACUCUUUUUUUUUUUUUUUUUGUAAACUAGCUCUCACACAACUUGAGAAUCUUUCGUGUGUGUGUUUUCUCUUUGUGUCUUUUGAUUAGAGAAAUGCGUUACACUGCGGUAACGGUUCCACUUGCAUCUUUAUCGAAGUUCCAACAUCGAAGUUUCUCUACUGCCUCGAACUCAAGUGCGGCUGCGGGCUUCGAUUUCAUCAACUAUAUGGCAAGUAAGGCUAAAUCAAUCAACAAGGCACUAAACGACGCCGUUCCACUCUGCACUACCAAGUACCAACCCAUUCGCACAAAGAUCCGCGAGGCAAUGAGAUACUCCCUGCUCUCUAACGGCAAACGCGUCAGUCCCGUGCUCUGCCUCGCAGCUUGCGAGCUCGUAGGUGGCCACGAAUCAACCGCUAUGCCCGCCGCUUGCGCCGUCGAGAUGAUCCAUGCAUCGUCGCUUAUCCAAGACGAUCUUCCUUGUAUGGACGACGAAAGCCUCCGUCGAGGAAAACCCACUAACCACAAGAUAUGCCGCGAAGACGUGGCGAUCUUAGCCGCAGACGCGUUUUUAGCUCUCGCCGUAACGCACACGCUGGCAGCAACGUCUGAAAACGUUCCCCCGUCGAGGGUUUCGAGAGCUGUGUUUGAGAAUGCCGUCGGAACUGACGGUCUCGUGGCGGGUCAAGCGGCGGAUCUGGCCGGAGAGAAGAUGGUUUUGGUGGAAAACGAUAAAGGAUUGAAGUAUCUUGAGUUUAUACAUAUUCAUAAAACGGCGGCGUUGCUCGAAGCGCCGGUCAUGGGAUGUAUAGUGGGAGGUGGGUCUGAUGAGGAGGUUGAGAGACUUCGAAGAUAUGCGAGAUGCGUUGGGUUGAUGUAUCAGGUGGUGGACGAUGUGCUUGAUGUAACGAAGUCGUCGGAGGAGCUAGGGAAGACCGCUGGUAAAGAUUUGAUCGCCGGGAAGCUGACGUAUCCGAGAGUGAUGGGAGUGGUGAAGUCGAGGGAAUAUGUGGAGAAGUUGAACAGAGAAGCGUGUGAACAUCUUCAAGGGUUCGAUUCAGACAAGGUGGCUCCUCUGUUGUCUCUUGCUGAUUACAUUGUCAACAGACAAAAGUGACGUGGCGGAUUGUUAUUGCUUUGAAUACUCUACAAUAAUUUUUUUAGUCAAUAAAUGUAUCAAGUGUCGAGUAUCUUUUUCGUUUCCUUUUGUCAACAUCCGGUGAAAAAAAAAAAAAAAAAAAAAAAAAAAAACAUCCGG